AACAAAUCCCCUCUCGUUUUUAUGCUAAAAUGGUUGCAAACACCCAAACAACAAUGAAGACCAAAUCCACAAGGCUUUUCUUCUCAUUGUUGUUCAUCUUUUCUCUCUGUGUCCUGGCUUCCCUCAACGAAUUUCGAUUCGAUAGCUUGGUAAAUUUUGGUAGAUGUGCUUUUGCAAACACUAAUCCCUCCCUAUCCGACAAUUCUUCUUCUGUCAUUACUUCCCUUUCCGAUCGAAAUUCAAAUUCCUCAACAGAUGAUAUCCGGAUAUUGAUUGGAAUCCUAACGUUGCCCGACCAAUACCAACGCCGCCAAUUUCUGCGUCUGGUGUAUGGCACGCAAUCUCCUCCAACGGGCGCUCAAGUAGACGUGAAGUUUGUGUUCUGCAAUCUAACAAAAGAAGAGCAGAAGGUAAUCGUUGCAUUGGAGAUAAUGCGUUACGACGACAUCAUAAUCCUCAAUUGCACAGAGAACAUGAACAACGGUAAAACCUACACAUUCUUUUCCAGCUUACCUGAGAUGCUAAGCGCGGCGGACAAACCUUACGAUUACGUGAUGAAAGGCGACGAUGACAUUUACAUUAGACUCCAAAACCUUGUGGAGUCAGUAAGGCCAUUAGCAAGACAAGAUUUGUACUAUGGUUUUGUAAUACCAUGUGAAAGUAUGGAAUCUUUUAAGGGACAUUACAUGGCUGGUAUGGCAUAUUUGGUUUCUUGGGACAUUGUGGAGUGGAUUAGGGUUUCCGAAAUCCCUAAGAACAAUUUGCAUGGACCAGAAGACAAAGUGUUCGGAGAGUGGCUGAGAGAUGGUCGUCGGGGGAAGAACAGGUACAAUGCUAAGUGGUCUAUGUACAAUUUUCCUGAUCCACCCAAUAAGUGUAGUCAUGAGUUUGGACCUGACACGGUUGCGGUUCACUUGUUGAAGAAUCAAGACAAGUGGGUUAAGACAUUGAAUUACUUUAAUGUCACUCACAAUCUUAAGCCAUCUAAGUUGUAUCAAUAUAUUUAGUAUUAUUCAUUAUUUUAUCCUUUGCAAAAGCUUA